UAGCUCGUAUUCGUACCUGUAGAGAAAAAAGCAAAAUUAUGAAAUCAGCAUUUCGCAGCGCAUGCUCCACACUCACUCGUUCCUUAAACCCUAAUCCCUCGUCGCUCUCCGCCCUGCCCGGCCUUCGCCCCGCCGUCGUCGCUCCUCCUCCGCCGCGCCCCUUCCGCUCCCGCCGUACCGCGAUCGCGCCGCCGCCGCCGCCUCGCGCCCUCCCGUCGUCGACGCGGCGCCGCUGCUGCUGCUCCUCCGCGAUGUCCGGCGGCGAAGCUCCCCCCGCUCUCCCUCUGGAGAAGCAGUUCGAGGACUUCCGCGCCCAGCUGGAGGACUCCGUGGGCUUGCGCGAGCGCAUUAGGGCGGUGGUCAUGGAGAUCGAGUCCACCACCAGGCUGAUGUACUCGAGCUUGCUCCUGGUUUACCUGUCUUGGCCGCUUCCUGAGGUUCUGGACAAGACCAAGGCUCACAUUGGCACACUGAAGGAUCACUACAGUCGGCUAGCUGAUAUUUUGAGUGAAUGCCCUGAUCAAUAUUAUAGGUAUCAUGGUGAUUGGAGAAGUGAAACGCAGACUGUAGUUUCCCUUCUCACUUUCACGCACUAUUUGGAGACUGGAAAUCUGCUGCUUCACAAUGAGGCUGGGGAAAAACUUGGAUUGAACAAUUCCCAGUUUGGCCUUGACAUCGAAGACUAUCUUGUUGGAGUUUGUUUCAUGUCUAAUGAAUUGCCAAGGUAUGUGGUGAACCAAGUAACAGCUGGGGAUUAUGACUGCCCAAGAAAGGUCCUGAAGUUCUUAACGGAACUUAAUGCAGCUUUCCGUAUGCUUAAUUUGAGGAAUGAUUUCUUGCGCAAGAAAUUUGAUGGGUUGAAGUAUGAUCUCCGAAGAGUUGAAGAAGUUUAUUAUGAUGUCAAAAUCCGAGGAUUGGCAUCUGAUGGGGACUCAACAGGAGACCAGGGGUCCAAGGAGAAUAAUGACUCAGAAGUUGUACAUUGACCUCCGUCCUAAUAGUGUAGGUUUCCAUGAGAUGAUGCAGGCCCACGAGUUGGCACUAAAUGUAGGCGAGGGGCAGGCGGAGAUUUGCUGUUGUUACUCCUUUCCAAUUUCCAUUGUAAAUUUGUGCAGAAGAGGAGCACUGGAUUGGGGUCUCGUCUGUAUUUUCCCCUUGCACCGCUUAUUGAGUCUUUUGACCAUUCGGGGAUGGAGAACUUUGUUUGGAUCAGUAUGCCUGGGAGUUUUUAUGAAUUUAUGGCCGAGCUCUUUUGCAA